ACGUUUAAGCCAAUUUUUUUGUAUUAUUCAUUCUUCAAAAGCUAGGAGGGCCUGGUGCCGCACAGGUAAGUUUUCAAUACCUUUUUUAAAAAAAGAAAUAUUUGUACUGGUUUUAAUAAAAGAAUAAAAUCUAAAACGACUUCAAAUGGGAGUUUUGGAAAGACCAAUACUCUAGUUCUGAAUACGUUUACUUGGAAUUGACAUCUUUUGAUUGAGGUGGACACUUUACACUUUAAGAAAUGUGUUUUGGAUCCGAGUGCAAAUCUUCUUGUUGUUUACAACAAUAGUAGCUUACAAUCAUACUGCUAUUUAUUUUCUCUCUGAGCAACCUCGUAAACUCGGUUAGGCAGAGAAGUAGUGCUUUGUCUAAAGGGAUGCAUCAAGAUGGAGCCAGGUGUGAUAAAGUUGUACAUAUAUUUCUUUGGCCUCAUUGUCAUUUGAAAUCUAUGAAGUGUUUUUAGGUUUUGGAAGCAGCAUAAAAAAAUCUGCGAAACAUCUUUGAAGCAAAUACAGUAAUAGGAUUAAAAAAAACCACAUUUCAUGAUCAUAUCAUCAUUAUCACAGCAAUAAAACAAAUGGUUUCUUUCCUGCUGAGGAGAGAUAGAGAAUAGGACUUUUCUGUAAUUUCUCCAAUAUAAAUAUAUUAUUUUGUGCAAACUUGUUCAGAUAUCAUUUUAAAAGUUUGGUAAAUGUUGAAUAUGACACCAAAAAUGCAAUCCUAAGUAUAUUUAGUCCAAAGAAGUCCAACUGAUUUCAGUGGGAAUUAGUUUCUAGUCACUGAGUGUGUGUUUAGGAUUAGUUUUCCUUAACUAAAGCUGCAGUCCUAAGCAAAUCAACUCAGAAGUCCAUUCCAUUAAGCUGUUUCAUGAGGGAAAAGUUUCUACUUUUAUGCCAAAGAUUUGUUAAAGCAGUUAUCUAUCUCUGCUCAUAGAAGGCACCAAAAUUUGAUCAAAAAAUACAUGGAAACAAUAGAUUUGUUUUCAUUCGGAGUAUCUUCAUUUGAUUUUGUGGUACUGCAGAGCGUACAGUUCCCUGAUUCCUUCAGAAACAGUUUCAUAACUAAUUUGUUCCAUAAUUCAGCACCUUACUACAACAGCGGUCAACCUCAGCAAUUCAUAUUUCUCUUUCAUUUUGGUUUAUAGUUUCAAACAACGUGCUCAGAUAGCCAAGACCUCUGGGACAAAUUGCUAUGAGUUUAUUGAACUGCAGAUUUGAAAUUGUAGUAUGCCAUGAAAAUAUUACCACUAACACUUUCCUUUGGGAAAGAACUAUUGAAAAUGCUACCCAAAUUAAAGCUGCAGGGAUAGUUCUGGAUUUAUUUAUAUGCAAAAGUUUGGUAUUUUGCAUGGGAGGAGGCAGAAAUGUCACAGGAGAAAAAGUUCUAUGUGUGUACACAAUGACUGGAAGUCUAUAAAUUAAUGUAAAUAUGGCUUGCUCUAGAGUAAAGAAAAAUAUGCAUCUUGGAAUAUUUUUUUGAUGAAAAUAAAUUUUUGAUCAUGCUGAAUAUAUUGUUCAGGGUUUUUUUUUAAAAAAAUCAUCUACAGCAUUAUAAUUCACAGGUUCAAAAUGUUUUGCUUAUGAGCAAAGAACCUGUUUUAAUAAUUUAAUUUUUAAAAAUUGUGAUGGGAAAACUGCAGCUAUAGUUACUCAGAAGUUUGAAGUUCAUUGUAUAUUUUAAAUGGUUUAACAAGGAGCAGUUGUUGUUUUCAAAUAUGCCUUUUACUGUCUUUUCUUGAACUUGUAGAUAAAUUGAAUAGACUGAGAAGUUCAAGAAAAGACUAACCUUAUACUGAAGACAAGUGGAACAUUAAAACCUUGAAGACAAAGACAUAAUUCAGCCAAAGUUCAGUGUGUUCCAUUUAUUUCAAUGAGGGAGAGAACUAAGCAAGUGGUCAUUUUGAUGGAUUUUAGUUAACCCAAAUAGCACAAAUAACUGAAACUCUUCAAAAUAAGAGGCAGGAAGACACUGUGAAUGGAGUUAAAGGCCAAAAUUCAGCUUAACCCUGGCCAUACAAACAGAAUGUUUCACCCUAAAAUGCUAGCUCUUGACUCUACACCCUCACACAAAUAGUUUUCCUUUAAAUUUUGAAAGAUGAAGGGUUUUUAUUUUAUCUCUUUGACACUGUGAGAUUAUUUCAGCUACAGUAUGUUUUUAGGUAGGUUGAAAAUAGAUUCCUGUUUCUCAAGGUGUCUAAAGCGGAAGAAAUGGUCAUAGCUCCAUCAAACAAAAUUACUUUUAUGUUGAGAAAGAUGAAAACACCAGCAGUUAAAAAACCAACAACUUUUCCUCUCUUGAAACUUCUUUUCUGUUUGAAAACUCUUCUACAUUUUAAGGCAUGGUGGAUGCUGUGUUUUAUUUUAAAAAAAAUACUGUCAAUUUCUGUAUUUAAACACUUCAAGUAAAGCAUACAAUAUUCGUACCGUUUGAGAGAACUGAUUUGGAGCUGAAUUGUGUCCUAAUUUUACCAAUGCUGAUGAAAGAGAGAAAGAAAAGAACUGUAGCUCUUGUGUGUCUCUGAAGACUAGUUCACACAUUCAUGAACAUAGCUUGUUUUUCUUAUCACUUGAAUGCUCAGUUAUUGAAGCAGGUUCACAUAUGCAUGUUUGCUUCUUAAUUACUACAACAUCGCAUAUUGACAUGCCCAAAUACCUCUAUUCACAAUGCACAUCGAUCAAGGGAGGAAAAGCUCUGUAUUGCUUGCAUAUUUUAUUAUAUCUGUCCAUAGCUCCCACAUAUGUAGCUGUAUGAGAGGGAGACAUUGAUAAAUGUUCAAAUUAUCAUGCAUAAACUGAGAGCAGAACCUAACAUUAUUUCGGUAAUCUUGGAUCCCUAGCUCCUGAACAGGAAUUAUGAAUGGCACACUGCAAAUAUAAAGCCAAAGACAGAAUAAUAUUGCUUCACAUAAUGCUGAAUGCAGAGUCUUACAAUGGCGUCAGUUCUCACAAUCAGCCACACACCAUCAAUCCGGUAUAUAGCAAUGAAGUGUCAAGAAAUUAAGCUGUUGUAUACAAGGCUACCAAAUCUUGCUGGCCAUAAAUGAAUUUAUGGACCUAUAUGUGUGAACUAGCUCAAAAUGAUCAGAUGUCAGUGUAAGAAUAUUCCAUUGUACUUCUCUUGCAUUUACCAGACAAAUGAGGAAGGAGUGAAAAUGCACAUAUUGGCCACACCCUUAAGCACAAAUAGGCCUUCCUGCUGCAUCCAUUGCUGCUGUUGUCAUCCAUCUGUCUCAGUGGACAAUGGAAGAGUGUGCUUUUAGGGUAAAGUCAAACUGCUGGUGAGUUACAGCAGCUGCUGUGGCUGUAGAGACUGAUAUGGGGGAGACAUGUUUUAUUGCAGGCGGGGCAGAUGAAGGUGUCUGAUUUUGCUGCUAUAGGUGUGCCAUGGUGUUUCUUCUCUCUGUGCUUCUCCCAGCAGUCAUCCCUCCUCUUCUCAUUGCUGUUGAUACAUGACCUGACUGUCAGUCUCCAGGCACUGUGAUCAUCCGCAAGGAAUUCCCACAUGGCAAUGAUAAUGUUGUCAGCAUUCAUUUCACAUAGACAGCUUUGUGAUGCAGAGAGCUGGUUUGUCAAUGGGCCUGGUGCCUGAAACCAGCUCCCUGGAGGGCACAUGCUGGGAAUGUGCACUUGGGAAAGUACAUCUUUGUUUUGAGACCCUGUCCUGCCAUGUUUGACAUGGCCAUUCAUUGACAGCCAUCCCUUCAGCUGAAGUGUAAAGGGCUCCUAUAUAUGUCCUGUACAGAUGUAGAUGUGCAGGCAUUUACUAUACCAAUGGUAGCUGUGUUAGAGGAGGCUUCUGAGUGUACAUCUGUACUCUUCACUCUUCCACAGGGCAUGUGGCCAGGAUAUGGCAUUGGGGACAAACAUGUGACCAGGCGGAGUAUUGUGGGCAGGCAUUCUGCAUCAGCCACACAUGUAUGCAAUGCCUUUUCAGGCAUCAAAUGAUCAAUGUGUUUGUAUGAAUCAGUCCUCAGACAAGACAUUUUUACAUUCUUUCCGUUGGCUACAGGUAGUAAUGUCUUAAAUUAGGGCCAAUCCACAAGGGCACAGAGUGUAUGACUGGUUUAUUUUCUUUGUUUAGCUGUCUUUCUAAAUUCACUUUAGCUACAGAGUAGUGAGUGAGUUGCUAUCUGGAUUAUGAUGGCUUUGCCAUCAGUCAACCAGUUUUUUGAGAGUUCCCUGUGUCAUGCCUAAUUAGAAGAAGUCCUUACAUAACCUGUUUGCUGUCCUAACCCCUUUGCUUAAUUCCAUACAUUGAUAUACUAAAGGCCAACAUGGAGCUUUUGCUGGAAAGCAAGAAGUGCAAGCAAACACAUCUUUGAUAGCUUACUCUGUGUGAUAGAUAAGGAAUCUAGGUAUGAAUCUGAGUUGUGAGAUUAACAGUGUAAUCCAAAUUUAAGAUCUGCUUCAGUGAGAAAGUUUGGAAUAGGCAGAUCUUGGUCUGUCCUGGCUCAAGUCAUAUUGGCUGAACUGGAGCUAUGCUGGUGGAACUUAAGCUGACAGAAUUUAUGCCAUUGUAAAUUCCCUAAUGUUAUGCAUUAGCAAGGUUUUUGUGCCAAGUGCUCUUCAGCUGACACUAUUGCUGCUGCCACUGAGUUAGAGAAAGCCAUCUUGUAAUUAAAUCAGAUAGAUGAUACUCCUCAAGCAGAGAAUAGCUGAUAAAAUUAUGUGGAAAACCCAACAAGACUUAGAAUAACAGCAUCAGAAAACAAACCAAAAACUGACCAAUGCUGUUGUACAGGAAGCAAAAAUCAUACUCAUUUUUUAAAAAAAUGAUAUUUAUUAAGAGUUUUAAAGUUACAAAAAAAAAAAACAGAGAAGAAAAAGAAAAAGAAAAAACAAAAGAAAAACAAACCACAAUCCAGCAAUACAAAUUGAUAAAAAUCAAAAUCAAAAAAUAAGAACAAAGCAUGUAACAGAACACAAUCAAAAAACAAAAAUAAGCCACAAAAAAUUAAAAACAAAUCCAAUAUUCUCAUAUCCUUGACUGUCAUUACCUUCUUUCUUUGACCUCCUCACUCCUCCCUUUUUUUGUAUCCUAGUUAUUAAUAGUCACAGCAAAUCCUUUCCAUUUUUCAUAAUAUUCUGUCAUUACAUUGCCUUAAUCUAUUUUAACCUUAUCUUACUAUAAAAGACCUUAAGACUUAAAACUUAGAUCUUAUUUAUACCAAUUUCUCAUAACCAUAACAUAUUCUUACAUAAUUCUUUUAACAUUUUUGCUAAAGCCAAAUAAUUUCGUUCCAACAUUUUUAUAACAUUCAUCAAUUUUAUAAAACAACCCUAAUAAAAAAAUUUUCUUCCAAUCUUCAUCCAGCGUCUCUUCCUCCUGGUCCCGGGUUUUGUCAGUCCUUUCUAUCCCAUCAAUCUAGUUCAUUAACCUGGUAAUCCUAUGUCCGAGGCCCUUAAAUCUCUUCCAUGUCCCUUCCGCAGUUCUUCUUCAUAUUUAUACCUGUACUUUACUUUAUCUCCUGCUCCUUUCACUCGUGGAAACUCCAACUUGACAGUGUUUUUGACCCUUCUCGACAAAUCAGCCCCUUUUCCAUAGUCCACACUAGACUCCAUGUGGUAUUUAAAAACAUGUUUCAAGAUCCCUCCAGAAUUAAGAGUCCCCACAACCCCAAACAUCUCACGGCCCAUUGCCAGACUUGGAGAGUCAAAACAUCCCUGCAUGGGGGGGGGGUCUAUCCAACCCCCCAUUUCCAAACCAAACAAAACUCUAUCUCUCCAAGCCUGGCUUUUUCCAAGUUCAUUUUUCAAAUCCAACAACUCAUGUUCCUGCUGGGCCACAGCUCCCUCCAUCUCUGGCACCCGGGUUCAACAACAUCCUCUUCCCUCAUCUGAUCUGUCAGAGCACACUCCUGAUUUAAUUCCUGGGUGGGCUCUAUAUAGUUACCCACUACCUGUCCAAAAUUUCCAAUCGCUGCAGUCCGUCUUCUCAUGUAGCUGUUCCAGUAGGGCACUUGUUUUGCAGAAGGCACGCAUCAGAGCUUCUGAAUACAUUGUUCUGCAAGGUCAGAAGUCUAUUCCCACGAUCGUAAUCUGCUGCAGCUGCAGAGCUCCCCGAUUCAGAUUUAGUAACAGUUUCACAGACUCCCUCUAGGGGAAGAACUUCUAUUUGUUUGCCAUGUCUUUGCUUUAAUCUAGUUUGCCAUGUCUUUGCUUUAAUCUAUCUACAAGAAACGGAAGGCUGACUUCCUGUUUAGACCUUCCCAUUUCAGUGCCAAAUUGAGAUGAAUUUCUUAGUCCAAUUUUCCUUUCUACUCGCAGGUCAUUAUUCAAAGUCCAAUUGUCCGAAAUUAAAGUACUCACGGGUAAUUGUUUUAAAAGCCAAAUUGUCCCAGGAAAAAGGCAGCGCUCUCCGGCAACUGCUGUGCGGCUUCGCUCCACGGAAGAAGCAGUUGACUCUCAGCACCGUGCCACUUCCCCCUCUUCGCUCCGGAGCCCGUGAAUGGGUUCCUUUACGGGUUGGGGGGGCGCUAAAGGUGCCCGCCGAGUCCCAUGGUCACAGGCUUCAUCCGCCUGUGAUUUUUGAACGGGUCCCCGCUCGCCGUAGCGGGAAAGACCCGCUUCCGUGGAGCUGGUCCCUCCAGAUCAGAGGGAGUCCGCCAUUACCGAUGGCACCACCCCGGAAGUCCUUCCAACUCUACAAUUCUAUGAUUCUUUGACUGUUCCUGUUGCUAGUGGUGUGAGGGUAGAAUAGAGAAUACUGCUGUUAAAUGUAAGUUCUAAAUUUAUUUAAUGGUGGAAAACAUAUAUCAUAGUAUUGCUUUAUUAUGUAAUUUGAAUUUUAAAAUAAGUUUAAAAAUGAAUUUUCACAUGGUUAAAAGUACUUGUUUGAAUUCCUUCCCUACCAGUGAAAAUUCCUUUUAAAAAGCACUGAAAGUGGUGGCAAACAGGAUCCUAUACUUCUGUGGUGCCCUACACAAUUUCCAGAUUUCUGUGCCAUACUAACUCCUCUGUGCCAUAGUAACUCCUCUGUAAGAGUGUACCAGCACUAUCUGGCAUCUAUCAGAUGUUAGCUAGGGCAAAAAAUGAGAGAGCAUAGGACUCCUCUGGACCUAUUCCCUAAGCAUUCACCCUCAUUUGUUUGUUCAAAGCUCACAGGAGGAGUUUGUUUAUUUUGUAGGUAGAUUAUAGGGUAAUGAGCAUUCAUCCAGAUUUGAUUGUGGGGUGUUGAUGCCUCUUGGUAUUGAUGCUUUGUUGCCUCCACAUUUUUCAAUGCAUUUGAUGACCACAUUCCUAACCACAAAAAGUCUGGGGGGUUUUUCUUAAUGGGUUUGUUGUGCCAGGGUGACAGAGCCCUUUUGUCCACUUUAAUUAAAUAAACCUAAAUUUCCAGUAUGCACUUGAAUUGUUUCUGCAGAAUACUGGCAAUCUGAAGGCUACCAUAGCAAUUGUUUUUCUAGUGCCUUGCUCCUGAGAUUUCCAGUUCCUUGUGGAGAUGCUGUGCUGGAUCAAAUGUAGUUUUAAAUGUACCUGAUGUGCAUAUAGUCCCAUAAAGUGAGUCCCAAAUGUAUCCAAUGAAGCUUAGCUCUCUCUGUGUUUUUAUGACCCCAGUCUUCUCCAGCAAAGCAUUUAAGCUUUCUUAAUUUCUCUGAUCUUUAAUGAGCAUUAUUUCACAUAUUUUUGACUGAGCUCAUCUUCAUCUUUCUAAGGACUGCAAUAUAUACAUGCAUCAUCAAUUAGAUAGUUCAAAAGCAUCUUAUUUUCUGUCAUUAACAUAUUUGUGUGUGUAGACACAGAAAGCUGAGCAAUCAACACAGUUUACAUCUGCAUAGCAUUUCCAAAAGCUCCUCAUGGAUUUCAGGAAUCACUUUUUUAAGGAAAAUGACCAGGUAUUCCAGCUAUCUAAUGAUGUAGCAUCUGAAUCCAAUUCAAUUUAUAUGUUAAAUGUGUGUAAGGAACCGUGAAGUGGUCUGUUAAGGAUUCCCCUCUAUUCAGAGGUGGAGCUAGCUGUGCACCCAGGGGCGGGGCUAGCUGCCCAGGGGGUGGGGCUAGCCACCCACCUUGCCACCCACGGGGGCAGAGUGAGCAUCCAAGGGGGCGCCGCCCAUGGUGAGUGUCCCGGGGGGGAGGCGCGGCGAUGUCACCUCCCUCUGGGAUGACAUCCAGGUCGGACCGCACCCACCACACACCCCUUCCUCCACUAGUGCCUCUAUUUAUAUUUGGUUAACAUCUUUUCUUUUCUUUUUUCAUUUUCCAAAUGGCAUCUUGCCAUAUCAUAUAGAAACCUAUGUAUCUGUAUUAUUUAAGAAUUGGCCGGGGACCCUUAAUGACUUCAAUUAUGACAGACAAAACUAUUCUCAUUUGCUUCCCAGUCAAAUGACAGAAGAUAAUGCAUGUAGAAAAUGUGAGAACAACAGCUUCUGCCAGAGAAAAGUUUAGUUCCACCCCAACAUAAAAUUUCAAGUUUCAGAUUGAGAUGAAUGCCUUUGUAUUUUCUUUCUUGUAAAAAUAAACAAAUUAAAAGCUGAAUGAAAUAGAAUGAAUAUUUCAAUCAACCUUUUAUCUUAAUUUUUAUACAUCUAUAUCAUCUAUCUUUUAUCUAUUUAUCUAAUUAAUGACUGCUUUUUAAUUUGUAAUUUUAAUUUUGAAGCUCAUAUGCAUGAACUAAUUUCCCCUUUUGUUCAUGCAAUAAAAUGGUCACAACAGAUUGCUCUUACCUAAACUAUAAGUCUGUAUAAAGCACUGCCUUCUUUCAUAAACUCAGGGUUAAAUCUACAUUGUUCCAAACUACCUUGGCAUUCAACUCAAUUUAAGGCUAUUCUGAAUGCAAGUAUAAUUGGUUUCCACUAAUAAUAUUUUAUUUUUUUCUAUCCUUCUUUGUUCUCUUCUGCAUAAAAUAGCAUAAAACUAUUACGAAGCUAUUUAAGUGUGAGCCAUACUUAAAACAUAAAACAAUAUAACAAAACGCAUAAAAGACAAUGUCUCCUAAAAUUCACCAUGAACAAAUAGCAUUUAGAGUAUGCACUGCAAAGUGCAGUGUUUUGAUGUGUUACAUAGCAAUCAUAAAGCUACUUGUCUUGGGUUAGUUCCACUUGACUUAUGUGAAACAGUCCAGUACAUACCUCACACCAGGAAUGAAGAAUUGGAAAAUCAAGCAUUUGGGUAACACAUUGUCAGAAAUUAUUAUUUGCUAUAUAAAUAAAUAAAACCAAACCAAACCAAACAAAUGUAGGCAGAUACAAUCUGUUCAGGCAGGCAAGAAAUCUCCUCUGUCUACCUCUGAACCAAACCACCCCAGAUGAAUUCACACAGGUGUGCUCAUAGGCAAACAGCAUCUUCCAUUAAAGACUUAGAAUGACAAUGUUCACAGGAGCACCUAGAUUUAAUCUGAAGCGUCAAUUGCCAUAACCUUUGACAGGAGAUGUUUGUGGGGAGGUUUUACAGAAUGGUCCAACAGAAACAGAGAUAAGCUUCUCCAGGCCAAUUCUGAAUUAAGGACCAAGGAUCAAGUCUAAUUCAGUCUAAGUUGCAUGUUUGGAGUUAGGCCCAUUACAAACUGAAUCCAUGGGAGCUUGCCUGAUCCUACUAGGGAGAAUCAAUGGGCUGAUUGUGACCAAGCUUUGAGCUAUUUUAUUAUGCUUAUUCUAGUGAUUAUGAUUUAUUAUUACAAGCCAAAUAGAGUCAGAGAUCUAAAUUUAAAAUAACAGACUCUCCAAGUGUCCCUAUUUUCCAGGGACAUCCCUGAUUUAGAGAAGCUGUCCCAGUUUCUGAUUGAUCCCGGAAUGUCCCACUUUUCCAUAGGACAUCCCUAUUUUCAUUGGAGAAAUGUUGGAGGGUAUGGAGUUAUCUGAUCCCUGAGCUGUCUGAAAGCAGCCCUGUAUAGGAAGAUUUUUUUUAAUGUUUAAUGUUUUAUAUUUUUUAUAUAUAUGCUGGAAGCUGCCCAGAGUGACUAGGAUAACUCAAUAAGAUGUGUGGGUAUGAACAGUAAAAUUAUUGUUAUGGAAUGGGAUGUCCCUAUGUUCAUUGGAGAAAUGUUGGAGAGCAUGAAAUAAAUGAAUGACAUCCAUGAGCAGGAAUAUGAGUUGGACUGCAGGGUUCUUCAACAGUUGUCUCCAGAUGUUUCCCAUCAUCCCUGACCAGUUUAGUCAAUAGUGAGAGAUUAGAGGAGUUGUAGUCUAACAGCAUUAGGAAACCAAGGCUGAAGAACACUGUUGGAGAUGCAUCAUACUUUUGUCAUGGGGACACCACCACAUCUACUGACUUUAUUGAUUAUAUUAGCCCUGAGCUGAAACUUGUUCUACAUUUCUCAGAAGCUUUCUUUUGCUACAAAAGAGGCUUCCAUUUGUCUGCUUUGUUUGCAGCGCACUUGGGAGUUCCUUAAUAAUUUCCAUGUGGGGUGGGGAUAAGCUUACUUUAUCACAAGGAAUCUGAUGGCCUAAUCCCUGUAAUAUUAUUGUUAUGGAUAGGGGAAUGAUCAGUCACUACAAAAGUGUGACUAACCAUAAACACUUUAUAUUAUAGAAAAGUAGUUUCAUUUUAUGGGCAUUCCAAUUCUUUAAAGUUAUUUGAGAAUAUUUCUAUUUAGAUCUAUUGACAUUCUGCCAAAUGAUGAAUUGUACUCUUUCUUUUUCCUAGUCCUUUUACAUCUCUGCCUAGGGGAGCAUUUCUUUCUUUCUUUCUUUCUUUCUUUCUUUCUUUCUUUCUUUCUUUCUUCCUUCAAGAGUAUUGUUACUCUUCCCUUUCCCUUUCUAGUUUUAUCAUCAUGUGUAAAGUGAUAUGUGCUCAACUAGAUGUGUUCAACUAGAGCUCAUUAUGCUUAUUUUACUAACAAAAUCAGCCUUACUUGCAAGAAUUACCAUACAAUGCUUAUCACAAUCCCUCACCUAGGCAAGAACGUGGUCAUCAGGCUCUAUUUCCACUUUCCUUGAUUCCAGAAGCCAAGUCCAAGGUUAGCUGUUUGUCUGAGCCAAGAAAAUACCAUUAUUUUCUGUUAUUUAGUUCUGACACUUUCCUUCCAGAUAUCGCAUUGUAUAAUUCAGACUGUUUCACAUCAUGCACAUUUCAACAUAAGAGAAUAAAAUGCAUCAAAAUAAAUGGGACAUUUCAUGACACACAAAUGUGAUGCAUCAAAUAUUUUUCAAGCAAAUUUUCCUCUCUGUCAUACCACUUUUUCAUUUAUUUGGUCUCCAAAAAUUGUAUUUGUGAACUGAAGCAGAGAGAAUCAGGUUACAUAGCCUCAUUAGCAUUAAAAACUGGAAGCACCAGCAUUAGCCUUGCUGUUAUUGCCCUUUCCAACCUUUUUUUCUGUGUGCAGAGUUUCAAAGUGAGCAUGUCUACUGUGUGAAAGGGGUUUGUGGAAGGGGUUGGUUAAUUAUAAACAUAAAGCCAUAAUGAAUGAAAAAUGCACUGUGUUCUCCAACUCUGCCAGAUAGAAAAGAGAGAGUUCUGAAUUGUUUUUUUCCGGUUCAUCUAUCAUGACUUCUUGAUUGCCUGUCAAACUCCAACCUCUAUCCCAGCCAGCACAGAGCAAUCAAAAUGUUAACCCUUUUAAAGAACAGAAAUCUAUUUAGGAUUUAUUAAUAUUUUAAUCCUGCAAAUGCAGUGGCUCCAUUAGCAUCAAAUUUGUAUUAAAAUUGCUAUAAUCUCUGGAAUCAAGAACACUGGCUGGUAGUCAACCAAGUAAUGGUGUGAGUGGAAGAACUUCCCCUUGUGCAAUGGGACUUCUGCUUCUACCCCAGGCAUAGGCAAACUCAGCCCUCCAGAUGUUUUAGGACUACAACUCCCAUCAUCCCUGAACACUGGUCCUGUUGGCUAGGGAUGAUGGGAGUUGUAGUCCCAAAACAUCUGGAGGGCCAAGUUUGCCUAUGCCUCCUCUACUCUCUCCCAUUCCUCCUAAAUCUGUUCUUUGGGUUCCCACUGCCUUCCAAAGGAGAUCUAAAGAUGGUGCAGGGCAUGUGCAGGAGGAGGAUAGGAGAAGUCCUGUUGCACAAGGGGAUGCUGUUCCACUUCUGCAGUUAUUUAGUUUAAUACCACCCAAUAUGGAAGCAACCCAGUGAAAUAAAUCAUAAUACUUACAAUGGUAAACCUUUGGCCUGCCGGGCUGGGAUCUAUGAGUCAAGGGAUCUGGCUUCAGCGAACAAGUCACUUUCCUUAUGCAUGUUUUUGAAAAGUGAGAGAGGGUGUGGGGGGGAAAGAACAGUCAGUAGUUUUGUUUUUGUCAUGAGGAUCUUGUGAACAAAGCACCUGAUGAAAUCUGUCUCCAUGUACCGUAUUGGCCCGAAUAUAAGCUGCACCUGCAAAUAAGUUGCACCUUUAAAAUUCAAGGGGGAAAAAAGAAAAAAAAAAGAAAAUACCUGAAUAUAAGCCGCUCGCCAUGUGUGUCUGUCUGAGGUGCUUUCUCAUGCACGCUCUUCACACCCCCUCCAGGCCGGUUCCUCCUAGCAAGCAGCACAGGCAUACACUCUUCCACCACCACCGCUCCUGCUCCUGCCUUGGCUUCUUGUCUUCCCUAUCAGCUCAAGGUGUUCAGGCAUCGCUGGAGAGAAAGAUUGAAGGAGGGGGAAAUGGAGGAGCCCACUGUUGACAGGAGAAGUGGGAGUGCCCCCCAAAGGGCAGAACAAACUUGGGCCACUCAUGAGGGGAGGUUUCUCUUUCCCCUCUCAUACAACGCCCGCCUUGCACCACUCACUUGUGGCCCCACUUCUCAGUUUCUUCCCUGCCACCCUCUACCUCAUGGGCUGCUAUGGUUUGACCACAGCAAUUUUUGUAAGGUCGCGGAUUUAAGCCACACUUUUUAACUUUUCACUGUUGUAAUUUGGGGGAAAAAGUGUGGCUUAUAUCCGGGCCAAUACGGUAUUAAUCAAGUUCAUACAAGAGUUCAUUCACUAAUACUAACUUUUUCACUCCGUGCCCAUUUUAUUGUGUGUGUAUUUCUUAUGCAUAUCCUGAUUUACUUCUUGUUUCAUAACAACACAGUGUCUCUACAGCUAUUCAUCCUUGAGAUGGGUAUAUAUUGUAUAUCCAGUGGCACAGGACAAUCAAUAUAUUCUUUACCACAUACUAAGAAUGCAGACUGCUCCACAGGGACUUUAUCUCAACUGGAUUUUAUCACUGAGAGAAAGAAGGAAGAAACACUUAGCACUGUUUCAUAAAAAUAUGUUAUAUAUGCAUAUACAGAUUGAGAGAGUUAUCAAGGGGGCGGGGAAGCAAAUGCAGAGGCAGCAUGAAUUUUUAAAGUGAUAUUAGUAUCGUAACCCCCAUAGACUCUCUCCGUGUCUCUUGUGGAAGCUUUCAAGGACUCUCAUUGUUGUUAUUCCAUUGCAUAUGGACUCUGGCCAACUCAGCAGAUUUAUAGAGAAGUAGAAACAUCUCUCUUUCCUUUUCCUUCUGGGCUGCAGAAGGAAGAAGACUCCAGAGUGAAAGCCCCAGAUAUCUGCUGUUCCCAAGGGCCUGUAUUGAGCUAUGUACCCUGAAUAAGCAUGGUAAGAUGUGGUAUUGAAAGCCAAUAAAAUAUGGGUGUGAUGCAAUGCCUAGUAUUUCCCCAUCUCUGUCUCUUUGCCACUCAUAUAUUUAUACAGUGGUACCUUGGUUUACAAACUUAAUCCGUUCCGGAAGUCCGUUCUUAAACCGAAACCAUUAUUAAACCAAGGUGUGCUUUCCCUAAUGAGGCCUCCCACCGCCGGUGCCCUUCCACCAUUUGGAUUCUGUUCUUAGACCAAGGUAAAGUUCUCAAACUGGGACACUAUUUCCGGUUUUGUGGAGUUUGUAAACCGAAUCGUUCUUAAACCAGACUGUUCUUAAACCAAGGUACCACUGUAUAUAAUAGUUCAAGAAAACAUGUAAACAUAUCACAGGUACCACAGUUCAUAAACAUACAAGCACAAUAUCAUAUUGAAGUAGCCAAGGGGAGAAAAGCUCAUUCUCAUUCAUAACUGUUGGAACAUAAGGCAACCUCUGUGGUAUGAAGUGUAAUUGUCUGGAGGGUGAUGGUUUUACAUUAUGUAAACAGAGCUGAUAAAUGGGAACCAAAUUUUCUCAAACUUCUCAUGUUUUACCAUUCCCUUUACUCUAUGAUGACAGCUUAAGUGUUCAUAAAGUGCUAUGUCCCACACUCAACACCACUGCUCGCUCUUAGAAGGCCCAUUUUGGGUUUUCCAGCUUGAGCAACUUCUGCCAAUACAAUGUUUGAGAGGAAUGGCAUUUGUGAUGGAUUGUGGGAUUUGUUGAACUAUCUACUGCAAAGAGUGCUAGCAGGGCAUCAGAGAGAAGGGGCUAGGUUGACGUUUGAGAGAAUUUAAGGUACCUGACCCCAAAACCAUGACUACCCUUCUAUUGCCAUCUGCUCCCUACCAUUUUUUUUAAUUUUUAAUUUUUAAUUUUUGCCAAUAAACUGAAUUCACAGAAGGAAAGGAAAAUCCUUCCUAAACCCAAUAUAGGGUGGAAUUGUAUCCUGCCCACUCCACACCUCUUGCUGUAAUUAUGUGGACUAUGGAUUGAUAAUCCCUGACACAUAGACAAUGCUAAGUGAUAGCAAACACAGCCAAAUGGCUCUGGCACUUCUGAACAACCGUGGCUGAAUAUCUUUUCAAAGGGAAGAAGCAAUUCAAAACAGCUAAGAAAAUAAUGCCCAUGUAAAUAAAUCUGCAUAAGGAUGCAAACCAUAUUCAGCAUCCUGAUUAAAUCAUGAAUAGUGAUGAGGAAGUAGCAAGGGACAGUGGAAUCUUGGCAUUCUUCCAGCAGUUAAUAACCACAUUGCCAUUCAGGAGCAGUCAGAAAUAGUAUUGCUCUAGUCUCCGAGAGUCAAAUGCCUUGACUUGGAACUAAGAAAAUGAUUAGUGAUGUUGACAAAAUUCAUAAUUGCCUGGUUUGCUGCACAAAUUUGUCCAGCUCAAAGUGCUCAGCUGCAUUAGGAAUUGCAGGCUUCUAUUCCCCCCCGCCCCCGCCCCCCCGGACGUUGUUUCCUGACUUGGAAUGUUAAAUGAGGUUCUGCAUGUGGGUGCUCAGCAGGGUUUUCCUAUUAACAACUUACUCUUAGGACUUGCCGAUCGGAAGGUCGGUGGUUCGAAUCCCUGUGACGGGGUGAGCUCCCGUUGCUCAGUCCCUGCUCCUGCCAACCUAGCAGUUCGAAAGCAUGUCAAAGUGCAAGUAGAUAAAUAGGUACCGCUCCGGCGGGAAGGUAAACAGCGUUUCCGUGCGCUGCUCUGGUUCGCCAGAAGUGGCUUAGUCAUGCUGGCCACAUGACCUGGGAGCUGUACGCCGGCUCCCUCGGCCAAUAAAGCGAGAUGAGCGCCGCAACCCCAGAGUCGGUCACGACUGGACCUAACGGUCAGGGGUCCCUUUACCUUUACCUUGUUAACGGCUGUGAGUAACAACAACAACAACAUUAUUUAUACCCCACCCAUCUGGCUGGGUUUUCCCAGCCACUUUGGAUGGCUUCCAACAAAAUAUUAAAAAUACAGUAAUCCAUCAAACAUUAAAAGCUUCCCUAAAGAGGGCUGCCUUCAGAUGUCUUCUAAAAGUCUGGUAGUUGCUGUUCUCUUUGACAUCUGGUGGGAGGGUUUCCACAGGGUGGGUGCACCACCAAGAAGGUCCUCUGCCUGGUUCACUGUAACAUGGCUUCUCGCAGUGAGGGAACUGCCGGAAGGCCCUCGGCGAUGGACCUCAGUGUCUGGGCUGAAAGAUGGGGGUGGAGACGCUCUUUCAGGUAUACUGGGCUGAGGCCAUUUAGGGCUUUAAAGGUCAGCACCAACACUUUGAAUGUUGUGACAAAAAGGAGUGACAUGAUGAAACCCCCUGACUGCUAGGGCUGGGUUAAGCCAUGUGGUUGCCAGAAGCAAUGGACAAGAUAGCCCCCUCUCCCCUAAUUCUCAUGCACAGAAGUUGACUGGACUAGCAACUAAAUAUUUUUCCAACACUAGCAAAGAGAGUGUCCUCUGCUGCAGCUGAGGAAAGCCUGAUGAUUGCAAAACAGGCCGUGUAGCACACCCAACACUUCCUCUUGCACUCAUGCAACAAAUUCACUUAAAAAAUAAAAUGGAUUUUUAUUUUUUUGGAUUUUUAAAAAUGACAGGGAAAAGUUUUGAAAAAUGUGGGAUGGACAAUUGAUUAGCUGGAAGUCAGGUCAAGACCUUGCAAGCAAAUCAGGAUCAAUGACUAUUGUCAUAUAACCACCCCAUCAACAAAUAAGUAUGAAUGCUCAGUAAAGACAGGACAUAGUCUAAGCACUGCAUCAGCUUUUUGCAAGCAAAUCAGAAUGAAUGCUGGGUGAACAGGUCAUUGGAUGGAGUCCUUACUCUGUUACGCCUUGCAUAAAUAUGGGUGUGACUCACAUUCUAGUUACUUGGAACAACUAAGUCUGCCAGAGUUCUUUUUAUCUCAUAUUAUUGAGACAUAUUAUUGCUUAGGAAGAGCAAAUUCCCAUGGUAGGAACACCUGACUCUCAACAUUAACUCAAUAUCAAAAAAUAGUAAGGGCACCAGAAGCAAAGAUUGGCAUGCACUCCCAUUUUAUAAGUCCCAGCACAAUGACUCUGUAGAUAUAUUUGUUCAAUUGAGUACAAGGACUGAGACACAUAAAUAAAACACAUUUGCCACAGUUAUUAAAUACCUACAAAAUGAAUGCAAUUUGGCAUAAUAUCCAAUUUUCAGAUAAAUAUUCCACCCCUGCACCCUUUCCCUGCUUAGCUUAGUGGUUGCAUUCAGAUGCAAUUUGACUGGAAAAGAAUUUUGCUGUGUUCAAGCAUAAUCUGCAUGGAAGAGAAAGUGAUAAUUAUUCAUGAAUCAAACAAGCACGCUUCUAAAUCAGAAGCAUAAUCAAAUACAUUAAGCUGCUUCUUUUUCCCCCAGAUUUGAAUGGCUGCUGACAAGAGCAGUGUAAACCAGGACUGAUUUGGCCCUGAGCAUUUUCCUAGGUAUAAAGCUGCAGUUAUAAGGUCUGUGCAUAAGCUCCUUUGUGUAGCUUUUGUGAGGCACUGCAUCAGUCACAGUUCUGACUUGGCAAGCAAAUGUUGUAAGCAUCCCAUUUCUUCAAAACUGGUGUUUAAACAUUAAGGAUGGCAUUCAACUCAUAGCAGUUCUGUUGAAAAUAAUGAUUAUGACUAAGUUGAGUGCCAGUCCCCCAACAGCAGCAUUAGUACAAUGGUGGCGCUGUGUGUUAAACCACAGAGCCUAGGGCUUGCCAAUCAGAAGGUCGGCGGUUCGAAUCCCCGCGCUGGGGUGAGCUCCUGUUGCUCGGUCCCUGCUCCUGCCAACCUAGCAGUUCGAAAGCACGUCAAAGUGCAAGUAGAUAAAUAGGUACCGCUCCGGUGGGAAGGUAAACGGUGUUUCCGUGCACUGCUCUGGUUCACCAGAAGCGGCUUAGUCAUGCUGGCCACAUGACCCGGAAGCUGUACGCCGGCUCCCUCGGCUAAUAAAGCGAGAUGAGUGCUGCAACCCCAGAGUCGGCUACGACUGGACCUAAUGGUCAGGGGUCCCUUUACCUUUACCUCAGGUUACGGACGCUUCAGGUUACAGACACUUCAGGUUACAGACUCCGCUAACCCAGAAAUAGUACCUGUGGUUAAGAACUUUGCUUCAGGAUGAGAACAGAAAUCACGCAGCAGUGCAGCGGGAGACCCUAUUAGCUAAAGUGGUGCUUCAGGUUAAGAACAGUUUCAGGUUAAGAACGGAUCUCCAGAACGAAUUAAGUUCUUAUCCCAAGGUACCACUGUACUCCCAUUUUUACUCCUGGGACAGAUGCACAUUGUACAAGUAAAGUGUAUCCAACACACUUUUAUAACAUGUGACUUCCCCUCCCCAAAUCCUGGGAACUGUAGUUUCAUACCGAUGCUGGUAAUAGUAGCUAUAGCCACAGUUCUCAGGAUUCUUUAGGAGAAGCCAUGUGAUUUGUUUUCACUGAACUUAAUACCUCCCCACUUGUACGCAAUCAGCACACGUGUGACCGCUGCCACGCGUGCCAUUUUUGGUGUUGAAAGGGGGCAAGGCGGUGCAGAGACAGAACAGGUGCCACAGCGAAGAAGGACGUCUCUGAGAUCUUACCCACCUCACCUGGUUCCCAGGUUGAAGUUCGUUCAACCAAUAUCAUGGUGCAGAGAAGAACAAUGGCAUGUUGUUAGACUCCAGUAGCCCAAGCCCACAUGGCCAAUGGUCAGGGUUAAUAGAAGGCCAUAGGCUGCCCAUCCCUGUUUUAGCAUCUCUCUGCUGGAAGCUAGGCUGUGUAUACACUACAACAUUAAAGCACAUUCAAAACACAUUAUUCUUUCCCUCAAAGAAUUCUGGGCACUGUAGUUCACCCUUCACAAAGUUACAAUUCUCAGCAAACCUUAACAAAUGAGAGUGCCCAGAAUUCUGUGAGAGAAAGAAUGUGCUUCAGAUGUGUAGUUUGUGCACAGUCUUAGAGCGAAAAGGUGCACAGCAUGAAUGAAUGCUGUAUCUUCCUCAUUCCAGAACUGAAGCACCACCACUGA